GCUCGAAUCAUCACAACUCUUCAGCAGCAGCAGCAGCAGCAGCAAAUCGGCCAUUAACGACCUCGUAGGCUCGUACUCUCCUCUCUAUCUCUCUCUCUCCCUCUCCCUCUCCCUCUCUCUCCCAUUUCGUUUCCUCUCCCGGAUUUGCAACGGUGCCUCCCCUUUCUCUGCGCCAUUCUGAUGCUGACGUGCAUCGCCUGCUCGAAGCAGGUCGGUGCCGCCACUGCAUCCUCCCGGGAUGUUUCCGGCGGCGUCGAAUCGCCGAUCCAUGAUCCGGAUGACGAAGACGUAGCCGACGGCGACGCCACGCCCAGCACCCGCCAGGCCAUCAAAGCUCUCACCUCUCAGAUUAGGGACAUGGCAUUGAAAGCUUCGGGCGGGUACCGGCACUGCAAGCCGUGCGCCGGAGCGGCUGCAGGGAGUCGGCGCCGCCCCCAUCGCCGCAGGGGCUACGCGGACUCCGAGGUGGGAUCUGGGUCGGAGCGGUUCCGGUACGCGUAUCAGCGGGCCGGAAUGAGCUCGGAAUCCACGCCGCGGGCGGCGGCGUUGGAGCGCGAAGUGGAGGUGCGGCUCAAGGCGAUCUCCAUCGGGGAGAGGACCCCGUCGGUGAGCGGCCGGACGGAGGCUGCGUCAGCCUUCUUGGAGGAGAGCGAAGAGGAGCCGAAGGAGUGGGUAGCGCAGGUGGAGCCAGGAGUGCUAAUCACCUUUCUCUCGAUCCCUCAGGGCGGCAACGACCUCAAGAGGAUUCAUUUCAGCCGUGAGAUGUUUAACAAGUGGCAAGCACAGAGGUGGUGGGCUGAAAACUGUGACAAGGUCAUCGAGCUUUACAAUGUCCAGAGAUUCAAUCGGCAAAUUGUUCCACUUUCAACUUUGCGUAGAUCCGAGGAUGAGGUGAAAGAAGAAUGCCAAAUAUGCUCAAAGGAGGACAGCUUUGCAACACCGCCACUCGGCAAAGAGCUACUUCCUCAUAAUCUCCACAGGCCGUUGAUGGGAGAUGGUGGAAUUGGGUACUCAUCAUCUGAUUCUUUUGAUCAACACCAAGGUUGCAGAGGCCAUAGCCUUGGCCAUCCUCGGCAUGCACGCCACUACUAUGACUCUGGUUGCCUCACUUCAACCCCAAAGCGUUCUAGCAUUAGUGGUGCAAGGACAGAGACAUCAUCAAUGGAUGCUUCAGUAAGAACAUGUUCAUCACCUGAUGAGGUGGAACAUUCUGGGGAAAUCUCAGUAUCUAUUAGCAAUGCUAGUGAUCUUAACAGGGAAUGGGUAGAAGAAGAUGAACCAGGUGUCUACAUCACAAUCCGUGAAUUGCCAGGAGGUAUCAGGGAACUUCAACGCAUUCGAUUCAGCCGAGAGAGGUUUGGAGAGAUGGCCGCGAGGCUGUGGUGGGAAGAGAACCGCACCAGGAUACAGGAGGAAUAUCUUUGACAGUUGGCAGGCAAUUAAACAAACACCACCAACUUGCUGUUUCUUUUAAACAUUGAUGAUUCUUUGGUGUCUUUUUCGAGUUCUUCCACAACAGCAUGCCCUUUCUUCAUUCAACCCAAUUGCAACCUACAAUGAGCUACUCGAUCGGUGAUCUAGAAAGACAUUAACAUAAACAUUUUACACGAUACAGUGUUGGUGUUGAGCUAUGUACUACAUUACUCCAUUUGAUAUGUUCAGCCUCAGGUAUUUGAUAAAGACAAGCCCAUCAAACUAAGAAGAGUUAUGCUCAUCUACUAGCUAUUCAGUCUUUAAGGGUUCUUGUGAUAAGAAAAUGCUACACUUUGAAAUGAGAUGCAUAGGAUAGCUUAGAAAACAUGUUUAGACACGUAUUAUGGAUCCACUUGAUUUGGGAGGAUUUAAAAUGAGAUAGAAAUUCAUCUUGAUUCAUUUACUUGUUUAUCCUUUUUGUGCUUAUAAAAGACAGUUCGAUGUACGAAGAUCCCAUCAAUAUGGGUUCCAGAGAAGGUUGGAUCACAUUAAAUUA